CAGAGCUACAAUUGCCACAUCAUGGCUCAAUUUCGAUUGAUAUUCUUGCUGAUUUUCUUGUCUAGCCAAAGUGAAUCGGCCAAGACUUUUUCCAAGGCACGCCUUCAUCUGAUGUGGAAAACUUUCGACUGCUCGGUGAAUCCAAAUUACAUUUCCCAACACAAGUGCUUCAUUUUGGAGCACGACAAAUCUCUGAUCACCUCCGAACUGAACUAUAUAAAGGAUGUACACAAAUUCAAUGCCACCUUCAAGCUUUUCAUGCCCCGAAGGCCCUCGCUACCGUUUCAAAAGGUAAUCGAUGUGAAUGUGGACAUUUGCCAGUUUGCCAAGGGAAACCAUGGCCACCGAUUCAUGACAAUCGUUGUGAAAGCCUUUGGAAAGCAGGGAUCUCAGCUGAAGUGUCCCCAUCCCAAGGGUUUAUACACUUACCCCAAUAUAAACAUUGCCGAAAAUCUGCCGGCUUUUUUGCCGGAGACCGAUUUCAAAAUCGAAAUGAAUUUUUUAAACACCGAUGCGUAUCUGUUCAACACCAGCCUCACUGGAUUCUUGUUCGAUCCGAUAAAAAGGAAGUCAAAGACUACUUAAUGGACGAAAGUAAAAUAAAAUGUGUGCAUUAAAAGCGGC